ACAGAGGGGUAUAAACAGGCCUUGAUGAUGUGGUCUCUGACUUGUCUUGGAUGCUGCGGUCCCUGAUCGAACACCUCUUUUUCUCCUUCAUUUUUUGACUCACUCGGAAUCAAACAUGACCUUCUACAGGCACUCAGGUCCCAGGAGUUACGUCACCUCCACCAUGACUGAUCGCUUUGACUGUUACUAUUGCCGUGACAACCUGCACGGGAAGAAGUACGUGAAGAAGGAUGAGAAGCACGUUUGCACCAAAUGCUUUGAUAAGCUCUGUGCCAACACCUGUGCAGAGUGCAAGCGCCCCAUUGGUGCCGACGCCAAGGAGUUGCACCAUAAGAACCGCUACUGGCAUGAGGACUGCUUCCGCUGUGCUAAGUGCUAUAAGCCGCUGGCCAGUGAGCCCUUCAGCGCUCGUGAUGACGGCAAGAUAAUGUGUGGCAAAUGUAGCUCGAGGGAGGAUGGGAACCGCUGUCAGGGCUGCUACAAGGUGGUGAUGCCAGGCUCCCAGAAUGUGGAGUACAAGAACAAGUUGUGGCACGAGGAAUGCUUCACCUGCUUUGAAUGCAAGCAGCCGAUCCGCACUCAGAGCUUUCUAGCCAAAGGAGACGACAUCUUCUGUGUUCCCUGCCAUGACAAGAAGUUUGCAAAGAAAUGCUUUCACUGCAAGCAGGCAAUCACUUCUGGUGGGAUCAGCUACCAGGACCAGCCAUGGCACUCCGAGUGUUUUGUGUGCCAGACCUGCCGUAAACCUCUGGCAGGAAGUCGCUUCACUUCCCAUGAGAAUCACGUUUACUGUGUGGAUUGCUAUAAAACUGACGUGGCCAAGAAGUGCCACGGCUGCAAGAACCCAAUCACAGGGUUUGGUCAUGGCACCAACGUGGUGAACUACGAGCAGUACUCCUGGCACGAGUACUGCUUCAACUGUAAGAAGUGCUCCCUGUCGCUGGCCAACAAGCGCUUCGUCUUCAACCAAGACCACAUCUACUGCUCCGACUGCGCCAAGAAGCUGUGAACUCCACGAGCGAGCAUGGGUGUUCACGGUGGAGUUACAACCAAAGUGACCCUUUUUGCAGAUCAAUAAAGGAAAGAAAAAAAGCUAAAUUAGAACAGAAGUGGAGAGUUUUGGUCAAACUUCUCCACUGGUAAAGUCCACCGAUGCAGUAGCUUUCCCCUUUGACAGUAGAGCAGGAUGAUCUUUUUAGGAAUCAGAGCAGUUAAAUCUUUUCUGUGCUGUGCAGUUUUGUGGUCUGAGCUUCAGUGCAUUCAUAAUUUCUUUCUCGUUGUUACUUCUUUUGUUCUUCAAAGCCGGCUGCUGCUUUUUCAUAAGAUCUUUUAUGAGUAAUCGGUUUCAUCUUUGAAUGUCUGAACUGCUUUAACAUUGAUGCUGAAAAAUAAAUCACUCGUUUGACAAAAACACA